GCCGCAAAUUUUCGUUUUUGGGUUGAACCCGAAAUCAUCAUCAUCAUCAUCAUCUUCUUUUUUAUUUCUUUUAACUAGUGGUUCUGUGCUGAGGCGGUGGUGGUGGUGGUGGUGAUUUUGAUAAUGAUGAUGAUGAUGAUGUUAUGAAAAAGCUUUGAUUCUUUUAAAAAAGAGGCUGAAACACCACCACCGACUCUGAUUCGAUAUUCAGGUUUAAUAGUUUUCAAAGUCAACUUUCUCGUCUCGCUUGUUCUUUGUUUGCUUUCUUUUGGAUUGCUGGGUUUUUGCAUGGUGUUUUUUCACUUUCAUUUUUUAUUCCAAAAUUUUAUUUCUUUUAGUUAUUUGAUUUCAAUUUUCUCUUUUUAAGUUUCUGGGUCAUUGGUCUUGGUCAGAUAUUGGUGGGAAUUGGGUCGCUUUCUUAGGGUUACUUUUGUUCUCUUGUGUUUUAUUUAUAAUUUCCUUUUAAAAGAUAAAUUUUUUUUUUUUUUUUUUUGGGCUUGGUGAUGGGGAAAUUGUGGUUGUGAACUUUCAAGAGAAUAUAAGAAGGCGAUACACUAUUCGAUAUACUUAUGGGUGGCUUUUUACCGUCAGAAUUUAUCUUUUUUUGGGUAUUACUUUUUUGGGUAAUAAAGUCAGUCUUGGAGGGAAUUCGAACAGGAACUGUGGUUGGUGAAGCUUGUUCUCUGUUUGAUAGAAUUUUCUCUAUUUAAUUCAUCAUUUUCUGAUUUGAGUAUAGUGUUAUUUUGGUGAAUAUUUCUAGUUAAGAGGUGGUAAGUUUUGAUCUUUUAUGUGUUUGAUUCAAGGCCGUUGACCAUGAAUCUGUAAUUAUCAUGUCUAUCAAGACAUCAAGUAGAUAAAUCGUUUCUGGCUUUGUUCUUUCUUCAUCCUUGAAUUCAAGGUACCCUUUGGUGUUGAAGAGUUUGUUCAUUUGUGUUGUUGAGUUUAUUUAGAGUUUUGAAUAUGGAUUUGAAUACAAAAGAUGGACUUGGAGUUGCCAAGUUUCCAAAGAAAUUUGAUAAUCAGGAGGGAAGUGUGAAUUCAAAAAUGAAGGGUACAGGGAGUAUUAGUAGCAAGGACAUGCUUGUGAGAGCUGAUAAAGUUGAUCUGAAAAGCUUGGACAUGCAGCUGGAGAAGCACUUGAGCUGGGUUUGGUCUAGAAAUUCUGAAAGCCAAAGGAUUAAAGAAGAGUGGGAGAUUGAUUUGUCUAAACUGGAAAUCAGGAAUGCCAUAGCUCAUGGGACCUAUGGGACUGUUUUCCGUGGCGUUUAUGAUAAUCAAGAUGUUGCAGUGAAGCUGCUGGACUGGGGGGAGGAUGGUAUUGCCACCACUGCUGAAACUGCUGCUCUGCGGGCAUCAUUUCGGCAAGAGGUCGCCGUAUGGCAGAAGCUCAACCAUUCUAAUGUUACAAGAUUUGUGGGAGCUUCAAUGGGAACCUCAAAUCUUAAGAUUCCUGCAGAAAACCCUUCAAGUGAUGGUAACCCCACCGUUCCUCCUAGAGCGUGUUGUGUGAUUGUGGAAUAUCUUCCUGGUGGGACACUAAAACAGUAUUUGAUAAGGAAUAGGCGAAAGAAACUUGCUUUCAAGGUUGUGAUUCAACUUGCCUUGGACCUCUCUAGAGGUCUUAGCUAUCUGCAUUCAAAGAAAAUUGUGCAUCGUGAUGUCAAAACAGAGAACAUGUUACUGGAUGCACACAGAAAUCUCAAAAUCGCUGAUUUUGGUGUUGCUCGUGUUGAAGCUCAAAAUCCACGAGACAUGACUGGUGAAACUGGUACCCUUGGAUACAUGGCCCCUGAGGUUCUCCAGGGCAAGCCUUAUAAUAGAAGAUGUGAUGUCUACAGUUUUGGAAUAUGCUUAUGGGAAAUUUAUUGCUGUGAUAUGCCCUAUCCAGAUCUUAGCUUUGCCGAUGUGUCAUCUGCUGUUGUUAGACAGAAUUUGCGACCAGAUAUUCCUAGAUGUUGUCCGAAUUCUUUGGUCAAUGUCAUGCGAAAAUGCUGGGAUGGAAAUCCAGAAAGACGUCCGGAAAUGGAUGAGGUGGUGAGAAUGUUAGAAGCAAUUGAUACAAGUAAGGGUGGUGGAAUGAUACCUGAAGACCAGUCUCGAGGUUGUUUCUGUUUUGCCCCUGCUCGUGGUCCCUGAUACUGUUUCUGCUCGACUUCUAUGCAUGACAGAAGCCGAAGAUGCAGGAACUGCUGGAUUAUUUGCUUUCUGAUUGUCCUGCAAAGAACGUUAAAAAAUAUUUCAGUAGUGUACAUGAUCAGGGAAAAGGUUUAUGCUUUUUACCUAUACUCUUGUUACAAAUGAAGACUUUUACAACCUAUAUUUGUGUUCAAGUUACUGA